AUGUCCGUGGCGGGCAGGCCCCACGCUCGCUGGCCGGAGGCAAGACGCCGUGAAGCUGGAACUGCGUGUCGGCCAUCCUUCGUGCCUCCCUUCGGGACGGACUACUCGCAGCGCCGGCACCCCCUCUCGCUCUCCGCUCUCGCCUUCUUCCGGGGCGACCCCGCCCUCGCGGUCAGCUACGAUGCCGCGGCCGGUCGUGGCGUGGGGGGCGCUUCUACCGUGCCCCUCGCGCUGUCCAAUUGCGGUUGGAAGGCUGUGCUGCCCCUACGCGUCGGGGUGCGGGCGCGGCUGAGCCGCCUGGUCGAAGAGGGUGGCUUCUUCGUGACCACCGGGCAGCAGCCCGGUCUCUUCACCGGUCCCCUGUACAGUGUAUACAAGGCCUCACUCGCCGGUGCGUCCUGUCGGGAUACCUGA